AUGGAACUGGCUACCUUCGAACGCACUGUUUCGUCCCUCACUGUCAUAUUCAAUGCCUAUUCGCCAAACGGAUUACUGUACUUCCGCGGAUCCGAGACUACUGGAGAUUUCAUCGCUCUGCAGCUAAAAGAGGGUCAUGUCGUGUUCAAGAUCAAUCUUGGUGGAGGCUCUCAAGCUGAACUCACUUCCAAGGGAUCUUAUUCGGAUGGACGUGAACAUGCUGUAAAGGCAAUACGCAGCGGUGGAGAGAUCCAUCUUCAGGUAAUUAACCAAUUUUUCAGCAAUAUAAAAGUUUUCUUAAACGAUCCUUGUUAAAG